AUGAAGAAUUGGCCAGAACUUCCGAGGAUCAGCCCACUGAGAACCCUCACGGAAGAGACCACAGCUGGUGGAGGAGAAUCGCUCCGCACUUGGAGAACGGACCGCCAGAUCCAUACUAUGCAGCAGUGUUCCAAAGCCUCUCUCAGCCGCAUGCUGGACGAAGGGGAUCAAGUGUCCAGAGUUCGUCUCUUGACUGCUGUUCAGCCUCAAGUGGGGCGUGGAUCCUUGCGAUUCCUGUGCCCUCUCUGGGAGCAUAUCCCUACGCUGACACCCUUCGUCAUGCAAUCGCUCAGUGGGUCGGUGCUCUCUGAUGCCAUCCACAUGAAUGUAAAUGUGGAGGUCAAAGGGACUCCUUUGGGCAUCAUGCCCUUCCUGCAUCUUGACAAGCGAGAAUUCUUAGAUGUCUCAGAAGCCUUUGAAGAUUCUUGCCGCGAGCUGCAGACUUACAAAGCAACUUGUACCAUUCUUAGGUAUCCCUUGUGUGACAACUGUGAGGGGGCCGCCAUCUCCGCGCCCUCGCUCUCUCUCUCUGUGGGCGCCCUUGUGACAGUGGUCGUGUUUGCUGUCCUCCUGUUCGCGGUGGUGCUCGCGGCCUACCUCGUGCACCGUCGCCGCCGUCAGAAGCGCUCUCUCUCGAAGAAGGCGAGCGCCGAGUCCUCGUUCGUGGAGAAGACGACCCAGGACGACAGCCUCCACGACGGCGAGCACGACUUCUCCGCCGACGUCAUAGAGCUCCACCUGGCGAAGGACCUCCGAUUCGCGGGCGAGCGCUCCAAGAACGGGAACGAGAAGAUCGCCGGCGUUGACGUCCUCAGACACGAUGGCCCGCCCACGAAGGGAGGCGAGGGCGGGGCGGAGGGAGGGUGCGGCUGCCCCCACCUCCCCUCCCUCGACGAUCUCCGCAACUACGCCUACGAGGGGGAAGGGAGCUCGCCCGGGUCGCUGUCCUCCUGCUGCUCCGGCGGCGACGGAGGCGGCGAGGCGCGUCUCCUCGGAGGCUUCCAGGACGUCGCGACCUUGCUGAGCUGCCUGGGAGGGCAACCCGAGGGCGGCUCUCCGUCCCACACCGGCGCCGCCCUCGCGCAGCCGGGCAAGAAGGCGCCGGCGCCCUCCUCCUUCGGCGAGGCGGCGAAGGGCGUCUCCGGCGGCAGCCCCUCGGCGCCGCAGCUGCUCUUCGCGGCCAAGAAGGCGGACAAGGGCGGCGCCGGCGAGGCCAUCGCCAAGAAGAGCAUGAGCAUCUCCAUGUCGAAGGCGGACACGCUGGAGAUCGGCCUCCACAGCGGCGGCGCCGAGGCGGAGCUGCUCUACCAGCCGGCGGCCGUCGCCAGCAAGUGCCACUCGCUGCCGCGGCUGCGGGUGCCGACCAUCUUCGUGAACAACCUCCACGGCGACCCGGCGGACGCCAAGGGCCGCGAGACCUUCCACUCCUCCCUCAAGAGGAACAAGGCGCCCUCGGGCGUCGAGACCGCGCUGGGGAUCAGAGGUAGCCCCCCCGGGUGCUACUGCGCGCAGAUCCCUCCCCCCGCGGGCUUCGAGGAGAGCCCCUCGGGCGGCCGCUCCACGGCGCGGAGUGCGUGCAGGGCGUGCGUGACGGUGGCGCUGCAGAGCGAGGAGCGGCUCAGCGCCUACGGCAUCCCCCGCCGCAGCCUGUCGGCGUCGACGGUGUCCUACCUGACGCCGGCCGGACUCAACACGCAGCUGGCGCAGCCGGCCGCCGUCGCGCCGCUGCCCCCCUGCGGCCACCGCACCUGCUCCUCCCUCAGCAGACACGCGGCGGACAAGGGCGCGGCCGUGUGUCCGUGCAAGGUGUCCGCCGUGUCUGGCCACAGUGACUACACGGGCGGGCAGAGUUGCCAGAUGCGCGCCGCGUCGGAGAAGCUGGGCGGCGGGCGGGGAUAGUACUCAGAAGGCGGGCGGGAUGGGCGUCGGAUCGAUAUUUGGAUCUACGAUAUAUGUGCCUCUAUGUUUAAUACAGUGUUUUUAUGGAAUAUUAAAGAAUUAACAAAGAUUGAUCAAUCUGUCUUUCACCUUUGUGUGCGACACUGACGAGAGAUACAUUCGGGAAAAGUCAUGAUUUAUACUUUUGUAAAUCUGUAGCUGUGUACAUCACUUUGUGAAAAUAAAGUCAU